UCCCGUCUCUGGCCUGGGCUCUCUGCUCUACUGUGAAGACAGUCUUAUAACAGAAGCAGCGACCGUCUCUGAACUUGUCUGUUCACAGUGCAUAGCAGCUAAAGAGAGAAAGGAGCGAUGAAUGCCCCGGACCGUUAUGAGCGAUUCGUUGUUCCUGAAGGCACCAAAAAGGUUUCGUACGAGAGGGACACGAAGAUCAUUAAUGCGGCGACGUUCACUAUUGAGAGAGAGGACCACACCAUCGGGAACAUUCUUCGCAUGCAAUUGCACAGAGACGAAAAUGUUCUGUUUGCAGGCUACAAGCUUCCUCAUCCUCUCCAAUAUAAAAUCCUUGUUAGGAUCCAUACGACUAGCCAAUCUUCACCAAUGCAAGCAUAUAACCAGGCUAUCAAUGAUCUAGACAAGGAACUUGACCAUUUAAAGAAUCAAUUUGAGGCUGAGUUGGCGAAGUUUUCUCCGGACUACUAGCUGGUGGCUUUUAGUUUGGACGUCUAGUUGAUUGUGUUUAAUGGCAAUUUGGAUAAAGACAGUGGUUUUGGUGGGCUUUGUUAAUGCUGGUUGUAAUUAACUAAUGGAUUCGUGGACAUAAUCAAAUCAAUGUGAAUCAAGUUAUGCCAUAUCUGUUUGUCUUAAUCAGCCCUUGUUAAACCUUUCCUUGGAUUUGAACCACUAUGGUUCUGGUUCUGUUUUGAUGGCAUCCUUAAAUUUGAUUUUAAUUUGUACGGGCAUGUCUUGUUGCAAGGAUACACAUUAAGCGUGCAUAUUUAUUUUCAA